CAUCUCCCUCACUCCCUCCAACCAUUUUUUCCUUCUUAAUUCGCUUUACAUGUCAAAGUUAGAAUAGCGAGAGUUUAGUGUAUUAAGUUGUCUUUAAUUGAAGCUUUUGUGUACGUGAAUAUAGAAUUUUUAAAGAACCUUUCUAGAUCACAGUGGUGUUUAACUAGCUUGCGCGCAUACAUUUUGAUUAUUUUAUUAAUUAUAUAUCUAUUACUUUCUACUAGCAUAGAUACAUCGAGUGACUCUUUUCUAAAAAAGUUAAGGUGUCUUAGGAUUGACUUAUAAAUUAUCUAAAUUUGAAGUGGUUUGUUUUAGAGAUUUGUAGUUAUGAAGGAGAAUGGUGGUAGAGGAUCAACUUCUCCAUGUGCAGCUUGUAAGUUGUUAAGGAGAAGAUGUACACAAGAAUGUGUUUUUGCACCUUAUUUUCCAGGUGAUGAACCACAGAAAUUUGCCAGUGUUCAUAAAGUAUUUGGAGCAAGCAAUGUCAGCAAGAUGCUUCAGGAAUUGCCAGAGUAUCAACGAGGUGAUGCAGUGAGUUCAAUGGUGUACGAGGCAAAUGCAAGAAUAAAAGAUCCAGUUUAUGGUUGUGUUGGAACUAUUUCAUCUUUGCAACAACAAGUUGACUUUCUCCAAACACAAUUAGCAAUUUCACAGGCUGAGCUAGUUCACAUGAAGAUGCAACAAUUCUCAUCCAUGUCCGGGGGUGGCACAGCCGUAAACUCGCCGGAAAACGUGUCGCCGCCGUCAUCUCGAUACUCACAAUCUUCCACAACCAAUUCUCUUUUUACAAUGGACAUGGUGGUGGACCAAGCCAAUAUUGGGGCGCCCUUGUGGUCGUGCUAGUUAGAGCUGGAUUUAAGAUUUUUAGUUUAUCGACAUGGAUUAAUAUGCCAAUGUACUAUUACUUGGUACAAUUAUAUAUAUAAGACGACUAGGUGCAUGAAGCAUCACGUGUUUGCAGGA